AUGAUCAAGAAACAAGUGGCUAAUUUAAGCGACAAAGCACUGGCUAAAAUCGAAUGCGAGGAUACCAACAGUACCAUUUUAAUACUCAGCCACAAAGUUACGCAACUUAAACACGACUACAUGGAACUUCACAGCAAAACCAGAGCGCUGAACAAGACGAUAAAUUACACGACCAGUGCUACAGUUCAACGAGCUUUGAACGAGUUGAAUAAUGUCAAGGAAACUCAGAGAGUCAUUCAAAAGAAAUUGGAAGCAUUCACUCAUCUUAAUGAUACCGCUGAAGAUUAUUUGAAUUUGGGAAAAGAAGUGAAAAAACUUGCAACACAGGUGAAUCAGAAUAUAACUCAUCUUGAGGAGAAGAUAAUCGUCGAGAAUGGGAACGAGCCCUUGACAAGAACGCAUCAGAGAUCAAGUCAGACGUUUUGGCUCUUGAAAACAGAUUGGAUGAAUUUGAGAACCAAACUCGGAAAGGAACUACUAAUGGCGUUCGAGUGCCGGGCCUGA